AUGUUGACUCAAAUAAUUACAGGAAAUGCCUUGAAUUUCAUAGGUAUCAAUAGUUUGGUUAAAACUACAGCAAUUUCCACCAAUAACAUUUUAUUCAGAUACUUAUCUACCACGAAAAGAUCUGUUAAAGAUAAAAAAUUAACUUUAAAUCAAUUAAAGAAACAAAAGUUGAAGGAAAAUGGUCCAAAGAGACCAUCAUCGGCAUAUUUCAAAUAUUUUAUGUCCAUCAGAGAUGAUUUAGUCAGAGAAAAUCCAAAUGCUAAAGUGACAGAAAUUGCAGCGUUAGGAGCUAAGAAAUGGAAUACUCUCAAUGAUUUUGAGAAGCAAUCUCUCAGAGAUAAAUUUACUAGAGAAUUGAGAGAGUAUCAAGUCGCUAAAGGUAGAUUUAUUAAACAAAAUUUACCACCAAAGAAGCCAUUACCACCUUAUGUUAGAUUCACUCAAGAAAUUAGAGAUUCUAUUGUUAGAGAAAAUCCAAAUUUAACUUUUGGUGAAAUUAGUCAAGUGAUAAGUAACAAAUGGUCGAAUUUAAAUAAUACGGAAAAGGAAAAAUAUGUUAAUCAAUAUAGGCAUAAUCUUCAAGAUUGGAAUUCAAAAUAUUUAAAAUUUAAUUGA